CGCUGUGGCAUCGCGUUUUAUUUCGCUUUGAGUGAUCGGUGAUUGAAAACCACAAUACGAGGCGGCUGUGAAUUACGGAAAAAGUCAAGUUGAAAAUGUGUGCACUACUGUUCCUCGUCUUUUUGAUAUUGCAAUACCAGAGCGACGCUUUUAAUAUCUCGCCUCAUGCCAACCUAGUGAUUAACUCACCCAAGCAUCUAAAGACCCAUUUAAAACUAACGCGCAGCUCUUACUUUGGAUUCUCGCUCGUCAUCCGCCCUUCCAGCGUCAUUGUGGGAGCUCCUCGGGCGCACUCCUCCUUGGAAUCGCAGCGCAACAUCCACGAGCCUGGGGCGAUUUACAGAUGCUCCCUGGAGAGCGGGGCCUGCGCUCCGUACGACCUGGAUUCCCGAGGAAACUGUAACUCCAGCAGCAAUAGCAGCACGACCUUCGACCGGGAGCGCAAGGACUACCAGUGGCUAGGUGGAUCCUUGGACGGUGGUACCCGGGAUGAGGACAGGUUGCUCGCGUGUGCUCCCCGUUUCAAGUCCGUCAGCGCGAAGGACUACCAGUUGAAUGGAGUCUGCUACUGGGUGCAGAACACAUUGGGAAAAACUCCAGAACAGGUGACCCGUAUCUCCCCCCUCCGGACGAAAUUGGUGCAGGUGAUUAAGGGCAGAUUCUUCUACAUGUUGGGCGAACUGGGUCUCAGUGCCCACGUGGCAGACGACAACACUAGGUUCCUCAUCGGAGCCCCUGGUCUUGAUAAUUGGAAGGGAUCGGUGAUACUGGACGUCCCUGAGGAAAAUUUAAACGAGAACAAUCCAAUAAAAUAUGUGGAUUCAAAAGAGUCUAAUUUGGAUCAGAACACAACUAAAGUACUUAACUCAGGCAAUUGGACACAGGAGGAGGACUCGUACUUUGGCUUCGCCGUCAGUUCUGGCUACUUCGACAGCUCCGACCGCUCCAAGCUCUUCUACGUGGCCACCGCACCUCGAAGUAACGAACACUCCGGCAAGGCUUUCAUCUUCGAUGUGCUGGGUGAUAUUAUGGCUGAGCUCCAUGUGUUCAACGGUACGCAAAUUGGAGAAUACUUCGGGUACUCCGUUCUGGCGGAGGACCUCAACGGGGACGGAAAAACAGACCUCAUCGUUUCAGCUCCGCAGCACGCUCUUCAGGAUUCCCAUGACGAUGGUGCCAUCUACGUGUUUUUCAACAGAGGGUCUUUUGACUUUGAGCGACAGAUAAUUCUGUCGCCAGCGGGCAAAAGAGGUCGAUUUGGAACUACUCUUUCUCGUCUGGGAGACAUUAAUCUCGAUGGUUACAAUGACGUGGCAGUGGGAGCUCCUUUUGCCGGUAAUGGAUCGGUGUUUAUUUACUUGGGCAGCAAGCAGGGACUGCGGAAGCAACCGAGUCAGCGAUUGGAUUCUCCCUCCCAGAUGAAUUCCCAGUACGGAGAACCCAUGUUCGGCCACGGCCUCUCCCGCGGAGUGGACGUAGAUGGUAACGGAUAUAACGACUUCGUCAUCGGAGCCCCCAACGCAGAGACUGCCUGUCUUUACCGCGCCUAUCCGGUGGUCAGGGUGCACGCCUCCGUGAAGUCGGAGUCGCCAGCGAUCCAGCUGGAGCAGAAAAAGGUGAGGAUUAGGGCCUGCUACAGGCUGGAGACCAAGUCGAAGACGAGGGAAGUUCAGGCGCAGGAGUUGAAUAUCCGGAUUGUCGUAGACACGCAGCUAAAGCGGGUUGAAUUUGUCGAAAACCAGAAAAAUGCGAUGAGUUUCAGACCGACUGUGGGCCUUAACGAAAGCUGUCGGGACUUCGACAUUCGAUUGCGCCCCGCUGUUCACGUUUUCGCGCCCAUCGAUCUGGAGAUACACUACGAAUUGACGAAGAAGGUUCCGGACUCUGAAAAUUUCUGCAAAACCUGUGCUAUCGUUGACCCAACGGAUCCUAAGGUGUCCCGCGACAAAAUUAUCAUAAACACGGACUGUGAACAUGCUGUUUGCGUAUCUGAUAUGCGGUUGCGCAGCAACAAUGUGAGCUCCUCUUUUAUUUUGAGCAGUGCUCGAACGCUAAGUCUGAAUUACGAGAUCACCAACAAUGGGGAGACCGCCUAUUUGCCGCAAUUCAACGUGACCAGCACCUCCCGGUUGGCCUUCGCCCAGGUUCCCGGAAACUGCAAGGUCGCCGAGGCGGUCAUGGUGUGUGACCUCAACCGGGGACGACCUCUGGCCAAGGGAGACAGCGACUACGUGACCAUCAGCUUCGAUGUAAGCCAGCUCAGCGGAGAGUCGCUGAUCAUCUACGCGGAGGUGUUCAGCACGGGCAACGAAUCGAAUCCCACGGACAACAAGCAAACCAAUGUGAUCAUGCUGCGCAAAUUCACCGAGAUUGAUAUCAGCGAUGGACAGGCAAACGCGCGAAUUAUUUCAGACAAGCACCCAUACUCAACGGAAAUCCUCAAUCGUUACGAGAUUAAAGCCCGCGACCAUGUAAUCGAAAAGCUGGUGGUGUCCCUUUAUGUUCCCAUUGCGUAUAAGACGUCAGAUUCUGAAAAAGUCAUUCGGAUAGUCAACACUACCAGCCUGAAGCUGAAUGCCAGAUGCAAUUCGCAUUUGUUGUCUUUCAAGCUUAACGACCAGUAUAGUAGGUUGCUGACAAGGAAUCCCACCUCUGUGCUAACUCAAAAUAAUAGCCAUCUGCCGACAAAAAAUAUCAUCAGGCUCGACUGCCAGGAUUCCAGCAGGACGAUCUGCAUCCGAGCCGAUAUGCAGGUUCAACUAAAGCAGGAAAAGCCUGUUACACUGAACGUGUCCUUCAAUCUGGAUUUGAGUGCGGUGAAGGAUUCCUGGGAGCACUUUGUCAUCCAAACCAGAAUGGAACUAUUCGAGGAAGGCCAAUCCACUUCCAAUACCCUACUGAUCAAUCAGCAGAUCGAACCGAUUGUUAUAUCCAAGCGUGGUAUACUGCCCAUGUGGGUCAUCAUUUUAUCCGGGAUCGGGGGAUUGCUGCUGCUUUCUGUAAUUACAUAUGCUCUUUAUAAGAGUGGAUUCUUUAAACGCGACAAAGUUAAGGAGGUGGUCAACGAUGUACAGUUCCAGGCCGAGCAAAAAGAUCUUUAAGUGCCACCAUU